AUGAGAGAUAGGUUGCUUGUAUUGUUAUUACUCGGUGUAGGGGUUAUCAAAGUAUACGAGGAGUACGAUGAGGAAGAAAAAGAUGAACGUGACCCUAUGGAACUAAUUAAACAUAAGCAUAGUAAAAGGGAUUUGGAUUCUGUUGAAAAAACUGUCUCAAGCCCAAUACCAAUUGAAGAAGAAACAAUUGAAGCAACAUCUAGGGGCCUAUCACCUAGACUGCGAGUUAAGUGCAAAGAUAUCGAAGACGAAUGUUCUUGCAAACGACUCUUGUGUUUUGGCCCAAAUAGCUGUGAGCGGAUAAACAGCUAUCCAACCGAAGUACUCCCAGGCAAUGCCACGGAAUUUGUGUGGUUACAUCGCUGUCGCCAAACAUAUUUAAUGGGACAGAAUUUGUGCGAAUGCAAGCGACUAUUAUUCCAUAAGGAGGAUGUCAAGUGGCUGACUCCAGAGUCUACAAGCUUGUCUUUAUUACAGCUUUGA